CCUCUCAAGAGAGGCCAUAAGGAGAUGUUCAGGUCACAAAACCCUUGUGCUUCUCAUUUCACAUCAGCAUGUGCAGCCCGGGAUGCACAGCUGUAUCUCAGAGAGUGUGUGGACAGAAGCACAGGAGAAGCAGGAUAAACCAGGUCUGUCCCCAAGGCAGCCUUUGCGGUGCUGGGAAACCCUGGUCCGUGCUGUCAUAUCUGCAAGCUUGGUCUGUGAGGAUGCUUCCAGCAUAGAGGUUAUUAGUGAAUCUCUUAAGUUCUGGAUCAGCCUUUGCUUCUGCUGCAGGGGGAAAGGAAUGAUAGGAAAAACCCUGGUGAUGGUCAAAGGGUGCUGUCGAGGCAAACAGUCCUGUACAGUGUUUGUAGCAGUGAACAAGGAGCAAGAAGAACAGCUGACCCAAAGCUUCAUGUCUGUGGGCAUGCAGGGUUGUUGGAGCUGACAAGUGAGCCAGGGAACAGAGGGAAUUGAGGAAAUUCACACCGUUUGGUGAUGAAGAUGUAGUGGCCACAAGUAGGGCAGUGGGGUUUGCCAUGGAUGUGUGGUGGGUCCUGCACUGGGCACUCAUGAUCCUCUCUCAAGUACCUGUCUGCUGUGAAAUAACGCUCCUGGUUGAUACACCACUUGACUGCUGGUGAUAAUGCUCAGUACAGCAGGAGGAUGACAGUGGCUGUGCUGGUCUCAGACCCCAGGCUUGCCAAAGUCUUGCAGACCCUGGUGUCUUUGGCUUGCUGUCCCUUGAAACUCGGCUGCAGCUGGGUUGAAUGGCACCAGCUUCCAUGUGUUUGACCAAGGACGCUUUGCCAAAGAGGUGCUGCCCAAGUAUUUCAAACACAACAACAUGGCCAGUUUCGUCCGGCAGCUGAACAUGUAUGGCUUCAGGAAGGUGGUGAACAUCGAGCAGGGGGGUCUUGUCAAGCCUGAGCGGGAUGACACCGAGUUCCAGCACCUCUGCUUCCUGCAGGGCCACGAGCAUCUCCUGGAGCACAUCAAGAGGAAGGUGUCAGUAGUGAAAAGUGAGGAGACCAAGAUGCGCCAGGAGGACCUCAGCAGGUUGCUAUACGAGGUACAGAUACUGAGAAGUCAGCAGGAGAACAUGGAGUGUCAAGUGCAGGACAUGAAGCAGCAAAAUGAAGUUCUUUGGCGGGAAGUUGUUUCUCUCCGGCAGAACCACUUGCAGCAACAGAAAGUGAUCAACAAGCUGAUUCAGUUUCUGUUUGGCCAGCUCCAAUCAAGCCCUAGCAGCACUGGGAUAAAGAGGAAGCUACCUCUGAUGCUUGACAACGGGAUCUCAGCUCCACAAGUGUCCAAGUUCAGCCGGCAUUUGUCUACAGACCCCCUUCAUGACCCCUAUUUCAUACAGUCGCCAUCAACAGAACCUGCCUCUUGCUUAAACAGCCCCACAGUUGCUGGAGGACCCAUCAUAUCUGAUGUAACUGAAGCAUCACCAUCCAACAUAAUAAAUAUGCAUUCUCCUCCUGAAAAUGACAGAGAGAAAUGCCUCAUGCUGAUCAAGGAAGAGCCAGUCAGCCCCGGAGUGAAAGCCACCACUGAGCCUGAUGUCCCGCUGCCAGGCUGCCAGGCUUGCUCCGAGCCUCCCGUGCUUCCAGUGGCCAUGGUUCAGUCUGUUUUGGAAGGCAAAGGGAGCUGUGGCACGGCCCCUCCAGGGACCUCGCAACCAUCUGAGAGAAGAGGCAGAAGGGCACUGCUGGACAGAACAGAUAUUUCAGAUCCCUUGGAGGGCUCCGACUGGAGCUUGGAAGGGCUGCAGCUGCUGCUGAGGAGCCAGCAGUAUGGCCUGGAGCCAGCCAGCCUCUUGGAUGUCUUUAAUCCCAAUUUAUCUUUCAAUGAGUGGAAUUUGACUGAAAUGGAAGCUAGUCUGUCCCCGAUGCAGCGUCUCACAGUGGAUCUGGAGAAGAAUGCAACUGAGCUGUCCUCAAAAGUGUUCAACCCACCGUUUAACAGCACCUGCCCAGGGAGAGAUGUCAUUCUUGAAAGCACCCAGCAGUUCCUCGUUGAUCGUCAGUCAGUCUUUGGAAAUGACCUCAUCAACUUGCCUGAGAGUUCAUCGCUAUAUGUUCCAUCUGACAGUAUGGCUUCCUACCUGUCCUCUGUGGGUGUCCAAGGGGAGAUCCCAUUAAACCUGAGCUCCUCAACUGACAACAAUCAGUGAUUUAGAUUCCAAGAAAUGAUGUCUCCCUCCCACCCAUCCAAGCAUCCACAGUUUUGAAUGUAAAGAAACAAAAGUGACUCAGAAACCCACAAGAGAGUUUCUUUUUGUCCCCUUUCUUUUUCAGUAGAUGGAAAUGUUCAGUAGCUGUUGCAUUACCCUCCCUGCACCUGAAUUUCAGUGUUUGCCCAGGACAGCAAUUUUAAAUGAAAUACUGCUUCUGGUGCUUGCUCCUGUGGGGAGUGAGAACUUGGCAGGUUUGGGGAUUUUUGCCUUUUAAGUGCUUUUAGAAGUUUCAAAUUUAAUAAAAUUUAAGUGAAGAGUAGCUUGAAAGUACAUCAGGGACUUCAUAAAAUAUAAUGAUCCCAACUAGUGUCUGCAACAGCAAAAUACUGGAUUUUAUUGGGGCAGCACAGAUUAGCUAAGAUGCCUGACCCUUCUGGAUGCUGGUUGUUUUUUUUUUAAUAGGAAAAUAGUUCUAUAUGCCAGUCCAAUGCUUUAAAAAUAUUCCUUUAUUGAUUUUCUGGUUUUUAUGGGAUGUAUUUGUGCCACUUCUUUAUCGUCCUAGGGUGAGUAGGAAAAUGAAGAUCUCUUCUGGUGUGCAGAAGGUAAUUAUCUGAGUGACCACUCAGAAUGUGUCUCUGGCUCCCAAUGGAGCUACAGACCACUACAGAACCCAAAACAUCCUGUGCUGAGUUGAAGGGGUUUGUUGUUUGGGAUGUUUUUCCCCUAAAUUUAUUUCUUCUAACAUACAAACAAAAGGGAUAGAUUCUUGUGCCUGCACAACUUUCCACUUUGCAAAGAGGACAGCGGAGGUGGACUCUGGGUUUUGGUGCUGGCUAAGCGUUGUAUGUCCAGUCCAACGUCUUUUUCCCUUGGCCUUGACCUGUUCUAGUUCCCCUGAAGAUGUGCCUGUUGAUUUAUUGAUGUAUAAAAUCUGAUGAACCAAUUUAAUAGAUUGGAUCCCCUUUUUAGGAGGGCUCUCAGCUGCUCUAUGUAGGAGAGAGGCAGAAGGGUUAGUCCACCAUGUCCACUAACUUUCUUCCUGUCCUUUGUGCACCUGAGACCAGCCUCCAAAGGUUGAAUUAAUCUUCCUCUACCAUAUGGUUUCUGACAACUGAUUUUCUCAACAAAGCAGAGCUUUGUUUUUUAUUCUAGUAGUUCUAAUGAGAACGUAUUAUUUAUCUCAGUAGCUUCUGAGUUGCUUUUCCUUAGGAAAGCUACCCUAAUGCAGUAAGAAACAUCCAGGAAAUUCAUCUAACUCAGGCCUCCUAAGGGCUUAGACAGGGAGGUGUGAGCUGUGCCAGUAUCAUUUGAAGAAAUACUCUGCUUGCUUCCACUGCCAUGAUGACUCUUGGUUCUAAACUGUAUUUCUGAGCAUCCGACCCAAAAUAUAAUCAGGUGAAUGCAGGCUCACAUUCUCCUUAGUAAGAUGAGCAUGUUUUCAGUGGACCUUCCUGUCAGAGCCCUUCCCUCCAUCCAUUUAUCAGUAUGUGAAAGAUGUGUUAGCUCAGAAACAUGAAUUUUUGAGCAUGUUUUUCCCCAGGUAAUUACUGUGUGCUGGGAGCUCUGCCACCACUGUGGUGGUGCAGACUUUGCAGGAGUGAGGUUGUGAGAGCUUCUGAAUGAAUUCCAUACACUGGUUAUUUUUGUUCAGGACUGAGGGAGAAUGCUGGCAGCCCUAUUGGCCAGGUAUUUAGAUGAUGUGCUUGAGUGUAGGUUUCCCUUUCUGGCAGAUUUGUGCUUUGACAGUUCACCUAGAUCAAUCCAUUUGCCACUGUAUUUUGUCAUUUCCAGAGAUGGAAAGUGGUUGAGCUGCACUCUGUUUAUUUCUUUUCUCAUGAUUGAAAAUUGUCUGGUGUCUUCUAUUAACUGCAUGUUGUCCCCAUUCAGGAUUUACAUCCUUCUCUGAACCUUCACAUGCUAGAUUGCCUUAAAGUUAACACUGAAUGUAUUGAUCUGGUAAGGUUGAAGCAUGUGCUUAACUUCAAGCUCCUAGUAGUUUUCCCAUAUUUUUAUGAAGCCUAUUGCAUGCUUGAGGUUAGA